GGUCGCUCCGGAUCCAGCUGUUGCCGCGCUCCGCUCCACGUUUUCGCUCCGCCUUUCCUUAAAAGCAAUCGGAGUUUAAAGCGCAGUAAAACACGCGAGUGAGUGGAAGAGGGAUCAGAGCGGCAGAGGCGGAUCUCAGUGCGGUUCAGCGUGUGUGUGUGUCCGGAGGAGGAUGGAGGACGAGCCGCGAGAGACCCUGGACUAACGCAGGAGGAGGAGGAGGAGGGGUCUUGCUUUUUACAUGGAACCUGUUUGCGUUUUCCUCCAAAGGUGGAUUUUAUACUGAAACACUACAGGACAAAAUGCCAUUUGCCAAGCGGAUCGUGGAGCCCCAGUGGCUGUGCAGACGCGCGGACGCGGAUGAGGAGGGUCUCCUGUUCCAGGACCUGUGCGCCUUCAGUAAUGUGGCUCUGUCCCGGACCCUGCGCCAGCUGUCGGAUCUGGCCAAGCACGCCUGCUCGCUCUUCCAGGAGCUGGAGCACGAGCUGCUCGCCACGAACCUGCGCGUCUGUGCGCUCCGGGACAAGAUGGGCAGGAUCCAGGAGACCACCGGCGCGCUCGACCCCAAACAGGAGGCAGUGCCGCUGUCUAAUCUGGACAUUGAGAGUAAACUGAGUGGACAUUAUCAGGCUCCAUGGCACCUGCAGAGAAAUGUGUUCCUGCCAUCGACUCGGCCCGCGUGUGUGGAAGAGCUGCAUCGAAAUGCCAAACAGAGCCUGCGGGCGUUGUACAGAGACCAGCAGCAGAGGCAGGAGGUCAGCGAGAGAGAGCGCAGGGUGACCAUUUCCAUCUCCAUGGCUCCGCCCAUGCCCACCUACCCGUCGCCCCAUGCCCACCGCAGACGCCAGCAGAGAGACAGACCCCUCACCACGGAAAGGACAGAGAGAGACAUAGAAACUCAGACAACACAAGCACAGUUCCAAAGCACCCGGUCCUCCUCCCCUACUGAGUGUUGUCAUUUUUCCCCAUGGAGCAGAAAGGUUGCUCCUCCAGUGGAUUCUGAUUCAGAGGUGGUGGCUUUGGGCCACUGGCCGAAGUAUCCAAUCCCGAACGUGCCCUCAACGCUGGACAAACAGACCAACUGGGCUGGAAUCUUACCACUGCCAACCCCAGACGAGAAGAUGAAGACGGACUCUCAAAUCAUCUCAUCAUGCAUCGUUCCCAUUAAUGUAACAGAGGAGGGCACCAACGCUACUUCUCCCUCAGCGAUAUCAGCUUUCCUAAGGGUUGGGUUCGACAGAGAGGCCAGUGUGCGCUGUUCACUAGUCCAUUCUCAAUCAGUGCUUCAACGGCGAAGGAAGCUAAGGAGACGGAAAACUAUCACUGGCAUUCCCAGAUGCGUGCAGCAAGAUUUUGAUUCUGAUGAGUCUCCGGUGGCCAGAGAACGUACAGUGAUAGUUCAUACCAACCCUGAAAUUUGCCAAGAGGAUCUCACACUCUCUCGUUUCAGCACAAAGGACUCUGGUUGCCAGACAGAAGAAUCCCUGAUUGUUGGGGCAGCACCCUCACGUAGACGGAUCAGAUCACAAAGGGUGCAGGGUGUGACUGUGUCACUAUCCCAUUCCACAGGCAACAUAUCUUCUCUGCCUGACAACUCUGACACAAUGUUCACCGCCUCAGUAGGCUCCCAUCUGCGUUCUCGAAGCCUCCCGCGUAAGGCAGGGCGAAUGGUGGACGAAGGCCAUGAUGACAGUGAUGAGGAUGAUGAGGAGGAGGAUGAGGAAGAACUGUCCCCGUUUGAGGCAGAGGAUUUCCUACCAGUCCCAGGGGAACAUAUUCUAAAAGAUGAUGAAGAAAGCACUGAUGACCAGGCAAUCCCAGAGGACCAGCAUAACAGUUUGAAAUUCAAGCAGCAUGCUGGAAGUACAGAACAUGACUGGAUAGAGAGGGGUCGAUCCCAUCUGCCUCGGAAAGCUGACAUGGGUAGCUGUGAGAUUUCCUCUAGUUCUGAUACAUUCAGUAGCCCCAUUCACUCCGUUUCCAAUGCUGGUGUGCUGACUAGCCAAAUGGACCACAAGGAGGAUCACCAAUCCUCGAGCGGCAAUUGGAGUGGUAGCAGUUCUACCUGUCCCUCCCAGACAUCAGAGACCAUUCCACCUGCAGCCUCACCUCCACUCACCGGAUCAUCCCACUGUGAUUCAGAACUAUCGCUGAAUGCAGCUACCAAUACUAAUGAUGACUCCACUGGCUUCAUUAUUGAUCCAUAUCCUGGAGACCAAUCACAAGACCUCCGUAGCCAUAGGACAGGUUCAUUUACUUCCACUGUGACUGACAUGCUUGAUGAUGCUGGAGUCAGCACUGCCAGUGAGGGUGAGUGGAGCUAUCCACAUUACAGGCACAACAUGCCUUGCCAUCCCGACUUCAGUCCUAAGCACUCUAGGGCAGAGAACAUCCUAGAAUGCCCCAGUUUUGCUAGCAUAGCCACUUUAGAAAGUUUAACAGAUAGGCCACCAUCUGAAAAGGCUGACACCACCUCACACUUUUCUGUAGAUGCUGAGGGCUACUAUACCUCCAUGCACUUUGACUGUGGUCUUAAAGGUAGCAAAAGCUUCACAUAUAACUAUGCAUCUGUAGACCAGCAGCAGGCAGAGUAUGGACAUCAAACAAACACACUUGGGAGACGUAGUCUCUCUCUAAGUAAACCAAAGGUGAAGCCAUCCCCACCAAAACGCAGCUCAUCCUUGAGGAAAAUAAGCAGCCAUGUUGGACCUCCCACUGACAAGAUCGAACCAAAGAAUGCUGUUGGUCAGAACAAAUCUAUGUCUUCCGGUGAGAGAACACAGCAUGUGGGGUUGAACGGAGGAUCCUCAAGUCAGCUCGAGAGUGAGGAGCCACUGGAGGCUUGGGGUGUUGAGAGUUCUACAGAAAUUCCAGAAGUUGCUUUGUUUGGCGCCACAGAAACACAUUCCUUCAAGGAUGAGGGAGCUGUCCAGUCAGACUAUGCAGAUCUCUGGCUUCUUAAUGACUUGAAAUCCAGUGAUCCUUACAGAUCUUUGUCAAAUUCCAGCACAGCUACGGGUACCACUGUCAUUGAAUGCAUUAAGUCACAGGAGAGCUCUGAGUCCCAGACUUCCCAGUCCGGAUCUAGGGCCACCACUCCUUCAUUACCAUCGGUGGAAAGUGAGUUUAGAUUGCCUUCACCAGAAAAGCUGGUAGGUCUAGCAUCACCUUCCAGUGGCUACUCAAGCCAGUCAGAGACACCAACAUCAUCUCUUCCGUCAACUUUCUUCCCAAAUGCUCACCCAAUGUCCCCUACUGGUGGCAAAAGGAAACCCAAAGUCCCAGAGAGGAAGUCCUCACUUGCUUCUUUGCAGCAGUACUCAUCCAAAAGGGACCUUGAAUUGUCCAUCAUACCUCCCUCCCAUCUUGACCUAAGUGCCCUUCCCAAUGUUAGCAAGCCUUCAAUUCGCAAAAACCAGAUGCACAUCCUCCACCAGAGCAAACAAAAAGCAGCAGCUUCAGCAGAUACCAAGCGUGAGAGUCUGGCAACUUCAGAUUCUAGUGAUGAGCUGGCAGUCACUAGUCCUUUGGCCAUCACUCCUACAGUACUUCGUUCAGUUCAACUACGUUCAGUUGGCAAAUCUGGAGAAGGGAGCCACGAUCGACCUAUAACUGAUACUGCCACUAGGCCUAAGUGUCCCACUGUGACUAUCAUUACCCCACCUACUCACAAUAAACCCCAUGAAACUAGGAAACCUCCACCCUAUAGACCCCUUUUCACAGAAACCUCCUCUCAGGACAAUUGUGAAUCACUGUUUACCCCAGUAGAUGGACUAGCUGAUAAGAAUAUAGCAAGCCAUUUUGGUGCAAGAAAUAGAUAUGACAGAUUAGCCCCAUCACCUCUUUGGAGCAUGACUGCUUUUAAGGCCCCGUCUGAGCAGAUGAACAUGGAUGAAGUGAUCUCUGUGAAUUCUAGAGAAGUUUUAGAAGAGGUGAGCACCUCAGACAAUUUAUUUCCUCAGAGUAGUCUGGAAGUGGAGCAAAUCCAACCAUGGAAAUCUGAGCCAAAUGAGGGAAGCCCUGGUCAGAAUGGUGUAGGAAAGAGGUCAGAUAGUCUUGACCAAGUGCCUGAUAUUGUCAAUCAAAGAUCAGAGACAUUGCAAGCUUAUCUAAUCAGUAGUGCUGGAGAAGAAUCUGUAACAUCAGGUGUUCCAACCAGAAGUGCCUCACAGGAACUUGUACAGGAAGGAUCAACACCAGACACAGAGGACUAUUUCAGCAAAGAGUCAACACCAAGCGAUCCAACUGUGUCCCCUCUGACAGACGAAUCCAAAACUGAGGAUGAUAGUGUUUUCCUUUCACCAAGUAAAAGUCGCACAACAGAGGAUCUCUUUGCCAUGAUUCACAGGUCAAAACGAAAAAUGCUGGGCAGGAAAGAUUCUGGAGAAAAGUCAGUGCGGAGCCGUUUAGAGGUUGUUUCUGGGAAUGGCUCUGCUACUAAUUCUGCAACCUCGCCAAGCACCCCAAACAUGCCUGCAAGUCCAUCUACUCAAACUGGGGCUCAGAAAACCCCAGGCCCAAUUUACAGGAGUGUCAAAAAGUCCAGUACCUCAAAUGAAGAGUUCAAAUUGCUGCUGUUGAAAAAGGGAAGUAGGUCCGACUCCAGUUAUCGCAUGUCAGCCACAGAGAUCCUUAAGAGCCCCGUUGCACCCAAAAGCCCCGGUGAGCUCCUGAUGGAAGGUUCUAGACCAUUUGAGGAGCAACUCUCUCCUUUACAUCAGCAACUUCCAGAGGGAACUCCUGAGCACAUGCCCAGCCCCUUUCCCAAAUCGUAUGCUGAGGGCUAUUCUCCAAAAGCUUUUCCCACAUCUGCCUCAACUAGACAAGGUCGGUCAAGGAUGCCGCCAGCUGCGAAUAGCAGCCGCUACAGUACACGCAGUCGACUAUACACUGCUCCCAUGCAGGCCAUAUCAGAAGGGGAAACAGAAAACUCAGAUGGAAGCCCACACGAUGACCGUUCCUCCUGAAAAAUGCAUCUUUACUUUUAGAAUCAGUGUAGACAAAAUCUUUGACAUCAAGUUCAUAAUGCUGGGCACUUGGCAUACUCAAUCCUGUUCUUAAGAAGACCGUAAACAAACUACGUAGCAUCUGUACCAUUUUGUAUCAAGAAGAACAAAACAUUCUAAUAAUGAUUUUCAGUAGUGGCGUUCUAAUAGCUUCCAUGAACAUAUUUAUUUUAUGUGAAUACUUUGUGUACCUUUCAUUUUAGAAUGAGAGUGGAGAACUACACUAAUCACUUUGUAAUUACUCACAGUGACUCAGUUGCGGAUGCUUUUUAUCACACAUUUAAUAUUGUCUAGAAAGAUAAAAACAGUACUGUACUGGGCUAACUGUGAAAAUGAGUCCAGAUGGUAUUAAAAGAAGGGAAAAUCUUUCUUGAACCUAACACACAGACUGUUUAUGGCAGACAGCUUGGGACAAUCAAAGAGUGGCCUUUUGUAUAGUUAGCUGUAGCAUAAAUGGGCUAACUUGAAAGUGCUUUCAAGUUAGCCCCGCAACUGGAUAUUAUUGGGCAAGAAAUGUAGCUGUGUUUGAAUAUCCUGAUGGCCAACCACUAUAUUGCACUUCUUUUGGUACUGAAAAAAAAAAUGUCAUUUUGACAUUUUAAAGAAAUUUUACAAAAAUGCCACAGAAGAAAAAGUGACAUAAAAAUAAAUAUAUAUAUACGAAUAUACAUGUAAAAAAAGUAUUUUUAAUGAGAUUAGCUUAAGAAGAUAAAAGGCAAAUAUUUGGCAUUUUUAAGAUAUUGAGCUUUUUAAUGCACCAUCUAAUAAUUUUAAAGCAAUGCUGUAAUUAAUGGCCACAUGAUUAUUUGUUUUCAUUCGGUAUUUAUCUUUUUUAAGCAAAUUUCUUAAAUUUUUUUUUUAAAAAUCAACCCAUGGUUUCUAUAUCAAUAAAUUGAUUUAAGAAAAAUGACAACAGCCACAACACAGACACUAAACGUAUUCUGUGAAUACUGUAACAAUUGUUUCUAAAGUAUAUAUAAUUCUGCUCUUUGUGAAGUGACUUUUUUGUUAUUGACCACUGACCCACACAGCAGGACUAAUACUGUGCAAGCGUUUUACAGCCAACUUGAAAUUAUGCCUCUUCUGCAGUAGUUGUAGCUUUUCUAUAUUUCACUUUAAUAGAUCAAAUUAACUGCAUGCAAUAAAACUUGAGGGGAGCCGAUAUUGGUACAUCAUUUUUUAAGUGUAUCAAGGAAUUUGCCUCCUCAGAUUUGUAAGGCCAUGAGCUGUUUAUGUCAAAAAUCUGAUUGAAACACUCUUGACAAUCUUUUCAAAGGCAUUUACAUGUAGUAAACAGAUCAUGGCAGAAUACUAUCGUAGAAGGAUAAGUAGAAGUUUUUAGAAGUGUGUAGUGGACGUUUUGGUCAGGAGACCUUUGCAGUUUGUGUUGCUUUGGGUUUGAAUUUGCAAUGUUGAGAGGGCAAUGAGGAAAGUUACAUGAAGGACUUAAAGUUUGGUAUCAUUCUUGAAACUGAUGGAAAACAGAUUCUUUUCUCAAUGCUGUUGCUGUUUGUGGCACAGUAAGAUAUCCAAAGAAAGACUACAGAGGUGUAGAGUCACGUCAGACUGAGAGACAGAGCAAGUCUGCAGUAAGAGGGUUUGCGUCUUGAUAAAGACUUUCUUUUGCUGGGGCAACAAAUAAAUCUGUGCAUAUGAGGAUGUGCAGAAAAGGAUGCAUAAUCAAAGAUAAAAAAGGUUGGAAAAAAGGUUGGAAAGGACAGGUGAAAAAACAUGGACCUUCACUACUGUUUGAUCAUCGUUCAGCUUUUUUAAAAUCAGUUUCCAGGAGCCACUUCGUGUUUUUCAUUUUGGUACCAAUGCAAAAUGAUUAUUAGUAUCUUGCUGGCUUUUAUGAAAUAUUGGGCUUUGAUACAUUUAUGACUGCAGAUUUAUUUAUGGAUUAAUGGACUUAUGUUUUUCUUUUCAGAGGUUAAGCUUUAGUUGGUAAACACUGGUUUCAAAAGACAGACGAAUUUAAUGCAGAAAAGAAAACCACUUAUAAAUAAUAUUUUUAAAAAAAGUUAUGGCAUAAGCUACUCUGUUAAUGAUCCUUUGAAACCUAAUGAUGUCCAGUGGUGUAUUUGGCAUUUCUCUCCUUUGUACCAUUGACCUUCUGGUGUGUUUGCAAUUUACCUUGCUUGGUGAGAUUUAGUCUUUGGAUCAAGAAUCAACUAUUCGAUCACUAACAACUAACUAGCUUUAGGUAACGAUGUUAUACAAAGGGAAAAACACACAUUUGUAAAUCUGAGCAAUCUAAAAGUUGGCAAAGACUUUGACUAUACAUCUCCAAGACAGAGGUAAAUGAUUUUGUAAGCUACCAUUCCAACAUUGUAAAGUCUAACCUUAAAAUUUGCACUGAUGUUUAGUAUGUUUGUGAAGGUUUUCUCAUUGUCUAUUGCUGUACCUAAGGCUAUUUAAACAGGAAUAGUUAACACAUAGCAAAAGCAAUUAUGAACUGAAAUCUCAUAUUGUUAAAGUUAAUAAAGCAUGCUUGGUGAAUGGUAACAUGCAAAGAUUUGUGUACCAAAGGAUUUCAGAGUCAGACAAACACUUGCUGUACUGAACACACACAGUUACGUGAUGUCUCUUCUGGUACUGAAGUCUUCAAGCAACUAAAAAGAUUUUUUUUUUCUUUUUUUGUAAAAACUUGUAAAUAGAAUACCUUUUAAAAUCGUUUCAAGGGUGUUUCUUAUGUAAAAUGUUUUCAAAGUUUACAUUAAUUAUAAGCCUUU